ACUAAAUGGAUUCUGAUUUCUAAUAAACCUUGGUCCAUUGAAAAAUUUGGUCUCCCCUUCAAAUUGGAGCCAAAACAAAAACCAGUUCUAAUAUAAAUUCCCUCCCGCCCCUUCCCUCCCCUUCUCUCUCACAAGCCAAUUUUCCCUAAUCUUUUCGCUCUCAAAAUUUUAUCGGAAUUCUAACUUAUCGACGGUUUUCCGGCAACUAAACUGAUUUUCUGGUCAUAUCUAAUCGAUACAUUAUAUAUAGGUGUAUUAUUCCUUUAUAUUAUGCAAUAAAUUCCCCGCUUAAACUUCGUUCUGUGAUCCUAAUGUUUUCUAUUUCGUUCUUUAAUCCUCUUCAGAGUAAUUUUUUCUGGCCGUUUCUGGGUUUUCCGGCGAGAAUUUCUGGCCAUACACGUAAAAAGUCGUAGCAAGACAAGGGGAGGAAGCUCUUCUGGAUUUUUACAGGGUGGGUUGUGAAAUUAGGGUUGCAGGUGCUGCGGUUGUGUGAGAAUUAGGUUUUAUCCCUCUCUCUUUCUCUCUCUCUCUCUUUAUUUGUAGAGUGAAGCGUGGGCCUCUAUUGUUUAUGUUUUUGUAAAAAUACUCUCUCUCCCUCUGUCUUCUUUGGUACUUAUUUUGGGGCGAUUUUGAAUUCAGAACAAUGCAGUAGGAAUUGAAAAAUCUAGGAUCUUGUUUAUUCUCUCUCCUAGUAAUGGAGGGAACCAGGGUGCUCAGGCCCAAGCGCUUGAACGAUACUACAUAUUCAGAGGAAAUUUCAGAUGAUUUUUCUGAAGACUUAUCUGAAUCUUCGAGCAAGAAGAAGAAAAAGAAGGGGAAUUACCAGUCUCUUGACGUUCUUGGAGAAGCAGCGGCUUAUGCCACAGGCAUCGAUUCUCUGGUUCACGCCAGUUACAUUGCUCCUGAUUCUUACUGUCCCAAAUUCCAACAACCAUUGCCCGAAAAUGAUCUGAAAUCCACUGGAUUUUGGCCAAAACCCAUUGGAAGCGGUAUUACAUCUCUUGGCACUGAGGUCUCUCCUGACCAAAAUCGAAAGAAUUCAGGCGAGGUUGCUCAUUCUCCUGUCAUUCGAAGUUCUCGUGGUCGAGUUCAGGUACUCCCUUCUCGUUUAAAAGACUCGGUUCUCGAUUCAUGGAAGAAGAAAACAAUCAGGCCGAGCUCUAAGUGGAAUGGGAAGCCUCAGGACCAUGAAGAGGGCAAGUCAUCGGGUACUUUAAAUCAAUUGGCUCCAAUUGAGAUUGAUAGUAAGACGCCAUUGAGUGGUAUGGUAGGGAACAGCCAAUUAGGGUUUGGUCAAUGUGAUAUGAAGUGGAAUUCUGUUUCAUUGGCCUGUGUUUCUUCAUAUUUAGAGGAUUCUAAGAAGCCCAAGGAAAUGUUGGAUUCAGUUCUGGAGAGGGGAUUGAGUAUUUACAAUUCAGUUGUUUUCGAGGUACCUAGAACUGAUGCUAAUAGCUGUACUUUUUUGAGCAAUUUUGAUUCCAAGGUUGAGAGAAAACCAGGGGCUUUUCCAGGUAUUGGGACUAUCACCUCUAGAACGGAUUUUGAUGAUGGGAAAGAUUUUGUUUAUAGAGGUAAUGUAUUUCCUGGUAUGAGCACCCCCAAUUCUAAAGCUGAAGAAAAAUCUAGAGCUUGUAUAAAGGCAGAAGCUGUCUCAUCUCGUAUUGGACAAUGUGAUUCUAUGAUCAAGGAGGAAAGCAGAAUUAUUGAUUCAUGGGGUGGAGAAGAAACUUGGCCUUCUAGUACAGCUAGGAUGACUAACUUUGAUUCUAAAUCUUGGGGGAGAGCAAAGGAUUCUGAUAUUCCGGGAAUAUGUGCCGUUGAUUCCAAAAGUGAGGGGAAAACCGGUGUUUCCAAUCAUAUGCAUAUUUGUGAGUCCUUCGAGGAGAGAUUCAUGACUUCUGUUCAUAAAGGAAAUGUUGCACCUGAGAAGCAGAAGAUCAGGGACUCUUUGGAAAGAGGCUGUGGAAAUGGUGAAAAGGGAGUUCAUAGGUUAGAGGAAUUUGUUGUAGGUGAUAUUGUUUGGGCAAAGUCUGGGAAGCGGUAUCCAACUUGGCCUGCCGUUGUUAUUGAUCCUUUGACACAGGCUCCUGAUACCGUUCUCAAUUCCUGUGUACCCGAUUCCCUCUGUGUCAUGUUCUUCGGUCAUUCAAAAAUGGCAGGAAAAGAAAGGGACUAUGCAUGGGUGAAAGAGGGAACGGUUUUCCCGUUUAUAGAUAAUUUGGACAGAUUCCAAGGACAGACCCAACUGCAUAGGAGCACACCAAGUGAGUUCAGGAUAGCAAUAGAAGAAGCUUUCUUAGCAGAGCAUGGGUUUGAAGAAACAUUGGAUAAUGAGCUGAAUAAUAGUGGGCAACAAGUCCAUUCUCUAUCCGUCCCAAGAGGUGUUCAAGAAGUUACUGAUUCGAAUCAGGAUCAAGAGGGUCACUCACAGAACCAGGUUACAUUUCAUAAAAAAGUAUUGGAUGGACGAAAUUGUGAUGGCUGUAAUUCGGUCCUUCCACCAAAAUUAGCCAAGAGAUUAAGUACUGAAUCUUCAGGCCAAUUAUUAUGUAAACGUUGCUCCAGGCUAGCAAAGUCUAAACAAUAUUGUGGCAUAUGCAAGAAAAUUUGGUAUCAUUCAGAUGGAGGGAGUUGGGUACAAUGUGACAGAUGUAAGGUAUGGAUUCAUGCUGAGUGUGCCAAAAUUAGCACCAACUGUUUAAAGGAUCUGAAAGACAAGGAGUAUUUCUGCCCAGACUGCAAUGGAAACUUCAAUCGUGCAGCCUCUAUUGGUGGGCGUCAACUUACUAGCUCUAACCCACAUGUUCCCCUUGAUUCUAUUGAGGUUUGGUGUAAUUGGGUUGAAGGGUUGUACUUCCCGGGGCUUCACAAGGUUUUAUGUGCAUGCUCUUCAUGUGGGGACUUUAAGAUGUCACUUUGUGAAUGGGAAAGGCACACAGGCUCCAAAAAGAAAAAUUGGAAGGCCAGUGUCAAAGUGAAAAGAUCACUGCAACCACUUGGACAAUGGUUACAACAGUUUACAGAAUCAAAUCCUGGUGCUUUUGGUAAUAAUGAAUGUCACAAGAUAUCUCCUGUAUUGUACUCGGGAAAGCUGGAGGUCUUCUAUCGCUUACAAGAAAGAGGCUCACUCAAUUUUCGGAAGCGGGAUUUGCUUGCUUACUUGCAAGAGAAAUAUGAUCCAGUACAUGCUAAUUGGACCACAGAACGGUGUGCAAUAUGCCGAUGGGUUGAGGAUUGGGACUACAAUAAGAUUAUAAUUUGUAACCGAUGUCAAAUAGCCGUUCACCAGGAAUGCUAUGGGGCAAGAAACAUACAGGACUUCACUUCUUGGGUUUGUAGGGCAUGCGAGACCCCAGAAAUCGAGCGGGAAUGUUGCCUUUGUCCUGUAAAAGGUGGGGCUUUGAAACCAACAAAUGUCAAACCGUUAUGGGUUCAUGUCACGUGUGCUUGGUUUGCACAUGAGGUUUCCUUUAUGAGCGAUGAGACUAUGGAGCCAGCAGUUGGCAUCUUGAAAAUUCCAUCCAAGACUUUCCUACAGGUUUGUGUUAUAUGCAAGCAGAUGCAUGGUUCAUGUACCCAGUGUUGCAAGUGUCAAACCAAGUACCAUGCGAUGUGUGCAUCAAGAGCGGGCUACCAGAUGGAGUUGCAUUGUUCCAAGAGAUAUGGAAGGCAGACUACAAGAAUGGUCUCAUAUUGCGCUACACACAAGACACCGAACCCUGAUAAUUCUCUAAUGAUUCGGACCCCCCAAGGACUGUUCUCAAUCAAGGAUGAGCCCCAAAGAAUGGAGACACAAAGUGAUUCAAGGUUAAUUGAGUCGAGCAUAUCUGAUGUUUCAGAGGGCUCGCCAGAGCAGAGUCUGCAGUCCAAUUCUUCAUCUGCUGCCAAGUGCCAGCCUUAUGAUACUUUAAUAAACAUGAGAAUAGAAAAGAAGGCUAUUGCCCACAGAUUGAUGGGACUUUGUCGCCAUUCUUUGAAUGUAAUUGAAGAAAUGAACGUAUUCCGGGAAGAAAAGGAUCCAAAAAGCUUUUCAACAUUCAAGGAACGCCUUUCCUACCUCCAGUCUGCUGAGAAGAAAAGGGUUUGCUUUGGAAGAUCUGGAAUACAUGGAUGGGGCCUUUUCGCUCGAAGAAACAUUCAAGAAGGAGAGAUGGUAGCUGAAUAUCGAGGGGAACAGGUUAGGCGAAGUGUAGCGGACUUACGGGAAGCCCGGUACAAAUUGGAAGGGAAGGAUUGCUAUCUUUUCAAAAUAAGUGAAGAGGUAGUGAUUGAUGCAACAGAUAAAGGAAACAUAGCACGCCUAAUUAACCAUUCAUGCAUGCCCAACUGCUAUGCAAGGAUCAUGAGUGUCAAUGGGGAGGAGAGUCGCAUCGUACUUAUUGCAAAAACUGAUGUCUCUGCCGGUGACGAACUAACGUAUGACUACCAGUUUGAAGUUGACCCCAAUGAUAAGUGUAAAGUUCCUUGCCUCUGUAAAGCCCCAAGCUGCCGCAAAUUCAUGAAUUAGAAGACCUUAACCCACCCAUUGUUUUACAAUGCAUUCAGCUCUCUCGUCAAUUUCUCUCGCUCUCUCUGCCUCUCUCAUUUUUUCAGUGAUUCUUCAAGCCAGAAUAAGGUUAUUUGGCAGCCAUGCUGGUUUCUACCUUGUAAAAAGUUGUUUCGAGCAAGUUGGUACUACUCUUUAACAGUGCCAACCUCUCAAUUAUUUGUGCCACUGAUUUAUUCAUUAAAUGUCAAAGUUAUAUAUUCAAUUGUAAUCACCCUCGCUCUCUCUCUCUAAAUCUCUGCUAUAGCUAACUUAUCAUGUAAUUCGGGAGAAACAGUUUUGCUGCAGAUGUGGAGAGUGUGUGACUUUGACAUCUUUUAUGUUCCUUUUGUCCUCAUUUGGACUUUAUCAUUUGGACUUUAUCAUUGAUCUUCAAGGUUUCCUGC